GCGGUCCUGAUCGAGACACAGCUCCACCCGCGACGCUCCACCAAAGCCCUGCUGAGAACUUCUGACUCUCAAAAAUGUCUGGAAACCGAGAAUUAAGCUACCGUGGACAUGAAGAAGAAUCUGAUGAAGAAUAUGACAGACUUUAUACCAAAAACAUUAAUACCAAAUUGACUAUUUCAAGUGACAUAAAUAAAGAAUUAUUAAAAAGGGAAACAUGGGAAUUCAAAAAGGAUAUUACACAAAAACCAAAAGUAAAACUUGCAUCAGUUGAUGCUAAAGUAAGCAACAUCAUAGACAUGAUUGACACAUAUGACAGACCAGGAAACACCAAAGCAGAAGGAACCUAUGCUGGAGCUGGAACAUAUGCGGAAGCUUUUGAAGACGAACCAGGAAAGAGGAUUCCCAAGGCUGGAGCUUAUGCAGAAGCAGGAGUUGGACGAGCUCGUGCUGAACUCAGUGUACUCGAGGCUGAAGCCAAAGGUCCCAACGCCUCAGCUGGAGCUGAAGCCAGUCUGACUGGAGUCGCAGCAAUGGCUCGAGCUGAAAUUGCCAGUGCAUCUGCUAGAGCCGGUCCAGUUGGUGCGAAACUGGGACUUGGAUUUGAUACGGGUGUCUCUGCUGGAGUGGAUGGGUUGGAGGCCAAAAUACUGGGAACUGGAUUCUCAUUUGGUCCAAAAACCAGUGUAUCUUUUCUGGGUUCAGAAGUGUCUUGUGUAGUCAUGUAGUCACACAUGCAUUAAUUAACUUUGAAUAUUUGCAUGUACAUUUUUACUACAGAACCACAAAAAUAGAAACCUGAAAAAAUCUUUUAAAAAAACUUUACACAGUUUUAAUGCAGAAUUAGUAUUGUUGAUGAGCUAUAAACACAAGUAUUAAACUUUAACAAUAUGGAAACAUAACAUUUUUAUUUUACAUUUUAUAAUCCUAUAUAUAAUCCAUUUUAUUAUACUAUAAUAAUCUAUAACUGUUGAGACUUUUGUUUUCAUUUAAGUAUAAAUGUUUUUAUUUAGUUAUGCACGUAUGUGUAUUGCUUUUCUCUAUACUGUAAUUCCCAGUGUAUAAAUCUAGUGCAAGCGUUGGCUCAGUGUCAGCUGACCAUCAGAUGUUCAUCUCUCCAAUCACUAUGAUUCUCCUCCUGUGCAUAUAUAUAUACGUGGCACUGUUAUGCACCUCCAGCCUAGUAGGCUUUCCUAUUUCUUAUAACUGUAUGUUCUGCACUUUUGCUGUUCGUUGUUUUCCUUCUCUCUCUGUUUCACUGCAUCAAGAUACGCCUUUCAAGCAGCCCUCGAACAUCUUCUCAUUCACCAUCUCCAUUCAUAUCUUUCACUGCAUUAUUUGUACAUGUAAUUGUUCAAUGUUAUGCUGAUGGUUCUGGGGGGUUAUUACAGGCCCAGCUAAUCUUUAUCAUUGUACAGCUGAACCCUCAUACGGAAACAUACCACCAAACCAAAUGUUGUAUAUUAAUAACAAUAAAUAUGUUUCAUUGCCAAAGUG